UGUGAUUAUAAUUUGUGUUUUACGUAUUAUAUAAUGGGAGAUAAUACAGAAAUAAUUACGGGUGAUAUCCCUGAACUCGAAGGUUGUAUGCCUCUGCAGCCUGAAGAGGUAACUACUAUUUCUCCAACAACGAAAAAUAAAACUGGAAAAUGUGUGUCCAGUAGUCAAAAAAUAAUGAUUGUUAAUAUUUACAAGGAUAUCAUUUCUAAAACACCAGGCAUAAAAUAUUUGGAUAUUAUUAACCGUAUUAGAGAGUUAACUGGUUUGGGACGAGACACCGUAAAGAAUACUAUCAGUCAGUACAAAACCACAAAAACAGUAUCUUCUCCCAACAGGAAAAGAGCAAAGGCUUCACUGUUUGACAAAAUUGAUGAUCUUGACCGCACAGGAUUACGUCGGACAAUCCAUUCUGUUUGGUUAAAGCGUGAACUACCAACCAUCGACCGAAUUUUAUUUGAUGUCAACGCGGAUCCGUCGCUUCCAAAUUUUAAAAGAACAUCUUUGUAUCGUGUCAUCAAAAAAAUUGGAUUUUGUAUUUGCAAAAAGAACAAGAUGCAGUGUGCUGACCGAGAGGGAAGACCUUAUUGUUUGGCGUCGCAAGUAUUUAUACGACAUUCGAAAAUACAGACAAGAAGGUCGAACUAUAUAUUAUCUGGACGAGACUUGGUUGAACGCCGGCGAUUGUGUCGAUCAUGUUUGGAAGGAUAA